AUGGGUAACGCAUCAAUGGAUGAUGGAGACAUAACACGAGAGUUAUGGCAAUCACGUUUACCAAUAUGUUUCAUUCUCUCGGACGAUGAUAUGAGUAAAGUCAACCGAUCUGAAUUACCAGAGCCGCUUUACUUAAUGCUUUCUCGUCAUCUCUAUUUCCCAUGCUUUAUCGAGAAAAUAUUUCGCUAUUAUUCAACGUAUUACAAGGAGAAUCUCGCUGAUACAACUAACCAUCUUAGUAUUCAUAAUUUAUGGCUUGAAUAUGAAAGUAUUCCUUUGAAAUGGCAUUAUCCUAUUGGGGUACUCUAUGAUUUAUAUACUUCAUCAUUAACAUCGAGUACAUGUCAUCUUCCAUGGCAAAUUACAGUUCAUCUCAGUCAAUUUCCUGAAAAUGAAUUAAUACGUUUUCCAGAUAGAGAAUCUAUUGAAGCAUAUUAUAUGUCCACAUUAAAAGAAGCCGAUGCAUUGAAGCAUAAAGGUCAGAUUAUAGGCGAUAUGCAAAGGCGUGAUCAUAAACAACUAUGGAAUUCUUUAUUACAAGACAAAUACGAAAUUUUUUGGAAUAUCAACAUGAAAUUAAUGUCUUACACAGAUAAUUUAUUGUAUUUUCGUUACAUACCUUAUCGAAUUUAUUUAUUAGACAGGCCUUACCUGCAAAAGCUGUUCGCACCUUAUGACUCUGAACAUGAUCGAUGGAUGACGUUGAAUGACCUUGUACAAUAUUCAUUAAAUCAUGAAUUACAUUGUGAACAAUUCGCGAAUGGCAAGAAGAUGUUAAAUACGAAUGUAAACGAUUAUCAAAUAAUUAUCCAUGGGGUUCAACCACCACUUCAUACGCCUGUGCAAUGGCUAAGCGAAUACUUUUCUUAUCCUGACAAUUUUCUCCAUAUCUGUCUUGUGGAAAAACGAACAUAA